AGGAUCUCCCCAAACCGAUAAUAUCAGUGCAAAAGACGCGUGAAACCUUUUUCUCAUCCGUGAAUACCAGUGGCAAUUACCAUGGCUGAACCUAUCAGAAGCAAGAACGGAGACAUCUCCAAGGCUCCCACCCCCCAGAACACCCCAUCAUCGAUCACCAACUCCUACCUCAAGCAGCAGCCUCCAACUGUUUCCACCAUCAACGAAGAAAACGAAGAUGUUAGCCAGCAGUUGGCCAACAACCCAGCUUUAUUGUCGAUGAUUCAAGGCAAGUUGGGCAGUUUGGUUGGCCAACAGAGCGGAUACGUCGACAGCUUGCCCAAGAAGGUCAAGCAGCGUGUCUACGGGUUGAAGUCUGUCCAACAGCAGCAGAUGAAGCUCGAGGCCGAGUUCCAGAAGGAAUUGUUGAACUUGGAAAAGAAGUACUUCAAGAAGUACGAACCAUUGUACGAAAGAAGAAAGAAGAUCAUCAACGGUGCCGAAGAGCCUACUGCUGAAGAAAUCGAGGAGGGAGAGUUGUUGGACGAGGACGAAGAUGACGAAGAAAAUGCCGAAGCCAAGGACGAGGACGACGAGGAAGAAGACGACGAAGACGAGGAUGACGAAGCCACCGGUAUUCCAGGUUUCUGGUUGACUGCCUUGGAAAACUUGUCCACCGUGUCGGAAACCAUCACCGACAGAGACUCCGAGCUCUUGCAGUUCUUGAAGGACAUUCGCAUGGAAUACUUGGAGACCCCAGGCUUCGAGUUGAUCUUCGAGUUCAAUGAGAACCCCUUCUUCUCCAACCAGAUCUUGACCAAGACCUACCACUACCAAGCCGAGUUGGGAUACUCAGGAGACUUUGUGUAUGACCACGCCGAUGGAUGUGAGAUCAACUGGAAGUCCAAGGAAAACAACGUGACCAUCAACAUUGAAAGAAGAAAGCAAAGAAACAAGACCACCAAGCAGACGCGUACCAUCGAGAAGUUGACUCCUACCGAGUCGUUCUUCAACUUCUUCGACCCACCAAAGCCACCUAAGCGUGCUGAGGAAAACGAGGACGAGGAAAACGAAGAUGAGGAAGAGGACGAGGACGACGAGGACUUGGAGGCUCGCUUGGAGUUGGACUACCAGUUGGGUGAAGAGAUCAAGGACAGAUUGAUUCCAAGAGCCAUUGACUGGUUUACUGGAGAAGCCGUCGAUUACGGGUUCCCAGAAGACCUCGAGGGCGACGAGGACGAGUUUGACAGCGAGGAGGGUGACGACGAUGACAGCGAUGACGAAAAGCCAAAGGAAAAUCCUCCUGACUGCAAGCAACAAUAAGCAGCUGACUACCAGGAAACCCAGACUGUAAGCAGGAAACAGCUGGUCAAGGAAAAACCCCAUGAGGCCCUGUGCCACUAGUCCAUUUGUUUAGAUAAUCCAAAAUGUAUUUCUGCCCCGUAGUCCGAGGUCCGCACCAGAAUAUUAUUCAAUCGGCUGUGCACACCAAUUAUUAUUAUCCUGGUCGGACAUGCUACCUCGAGGAAACCAAUCAAAUAGUAUUGAUUUGGCAGGUGUAGCUUUCACCACCAACCCAAAUAAUAUUCCAUGAUCGGGCAAGUGUAACUUUCGAGAACAAUAUAA